GUCGCUUGCUAGCGUUGCAUGUACUCCAUUCAAAAGAUUCUUGCCUUGCAGUUGCUCACGUUUUUGGAAAAUAGUAAUUUACGUGGUUGCUCGGCUUCUUUUGUCGGUUUUUUUUUUAGAUAAGUUAGCAAAAAACAGCAGUGGACGUGUAAAAAGUAGCGAAAUAUGGAUGAAGAGGAUGAUCCGGUGGUUGAAGAGAUUCCGGUUUAUCUGUCGAAGACCUUGGCGGAGAACUUGUAUGUGCUGCAGUAUCCGGUGAAAUCUUCCGCAUCCACGUUCGACGACGGUCAGGUGGUAAAUUGUUGCGUGAAACCAAUCAACCAACAGGUAAAAGUAGAUUACGCGUUGAACACAGCUUCGAAAAAUUACGAUUCCUUCAAAGGAGAGCAGUUCGCGAUUGCAGCGGAUGGGAAGGAAAAGGACCGUCAGGCGAAGCCAACCUUCCGUAGCGGUACCAUGGACAAGCAGUCCUUUAUGAGUUCGAAACCCAUCGAGGACGUGAACCGGUACAUGGUCUGUGUGAUGCAGGACCGGGAAAUUCAUGCCACUCCCGUCCGUGGAAUCGUCUCGAUGCGGCAAGUAUUCUCUUACUUCGAUAAGCAAGAUAAGAGAACGAAGGCGGAACAGAAAGCUGAACAGGACGCGGAUGCAGAUGAGGAAGAACUGAAACAGGUUACGGUCAAGUUUGCCCGAACCGAGAACGAGAAGGUGCGGAAGGCCAGAGAAAAAUCGUUCAACUACAUCUCGAAGCUAGAAUCGGAGGAGCCAUGGUGCGAAACGUUCUGGCACAACAAAAAAUCCACUACGGCCGAACUGGAACGGCACAAGCUGUUCUGCAGUUCUGGGUCCAGGGACGGAGCAGAAAGUGCCCUUAAUGUGGGUACCGCGGAGUACCUGGAUAUGUUGAUUAGUAAGGAGAAAACCGAUAGAAAUAUCGAUUCUAUGCUGCCAAGUCGGGUUGUCUGCAUGCACAAGUUGAAGCAGAUGGCACUCGUCGAUCAGAUUAAGGUUAUUCUUAAGGAUGCAAAAGUUCUCACGUUCCACCAGAUAACGGAACUCCUCCCGGAUCGAACACUCCCGGCGGACAAAGUCCUUCGUUCGCUCCCCCUAGCAGGUGUUCUCAUCCGAGGCAACUGGGUAGUCCAAUCGGAGAUAAUCUACCCGGAGGGGAGCGUUUCCAGCACCAACGGAGUGCCGGCGGAACAGAUGUGCAAAGCACGGGAUUACAUUCUGUUCCGGUUUACCCAGUGCGAUAAGUUGGAACGGCACCAGUUGGCCUUUAUUACGCAGCUUCCGUCAGAGGAGAUCCGCGAGAUACUGUGCUCGGUUGCGAAGCUGAACGCCGAUCGGACGUGGAGUUUGCUGUUGCCACCAAAUGAAGAUUUCUCCGCCAACGAGCAGGAAAUCAGUGAUAGACAGAACGCUUUCUGGACCGCCCGGGCGGAUAAGUUUAACGAAAUGGAGAAAUCCACCAAGCGGGUGCGGAAAAAGUCCUCCCGGUCGGAAAGCAAGUACGACCCCAAAAUGAGCAAUGGUUAGCGUGGUAAAAUUUGCCGGAGGGGUGUUAUGUUAUGAACCAAUUUACACGUUACAAAUCGAAUAGGUACUCAAGACUAUUUAUACUAAUUAUCGAAAAUACAGCAUAAUUAAGAAAUUCUGAAA